CUCCCGCUCCUCUCCGUCUGACUCUGAAUCCAACAUGGAGAAAUGAGGAGAUGGGGCUCGUCCGGGGCCAUCCGCACCGACACCAGCGCUCCAUUUUCGGUCACCGCAUUCCAGCCCGCUCCGGUGGGGGAGGAGGUGACGGAGGAGGCAAAAAAGGCGGAGGUGGAGGAGGUGAAGGAGACUGGAUGAGCUCCACUGAUUGAGGACUGGGAGGAGGAGGUGUUGGGGGGGGAACACUCACCGGGAUUAACGCCGAGGAGGCGCGGAGGGAGCGGGGGAGGACCGGGCGCUGCUCCUGCUGAGGAAACAUGAGCACCGCGCGCGCUGCCGCGGUGGGAGCUCCUUAUGACCGGAGGUGAAAUGGGAAACAUGAGCGAGGACACGCGCCCGGACGACCUUUGCUCUGAAAUGUUGGCACGGGCCGUGUCUCCUUGGAGACCUACUCUGAGGUCAUGACCACACAGCCUUCUUCUGACAGGACGUUUCCUGAUUGCACCCUGAUGUUCGAUGAUCAGCGACGUUCUCAGGGACGACAGUCGGCUCGUUCGGGUCUCAUCUGGGCUACUUUGGGCUCAGUCAGUGGAAACGUGUUUGACGGCAAACAGAAGACACGAAGUGAUAGUUACAUAGUGCGUGUCAAAGCGGUGGUGAUGACCAGAGACGAGUCGAGCGGCGGCUGGUUGGCGCAGGACGGCUGCCUGAGCAGAGUGGGCGUGUGCAGACUGCUGCCGACCGAGCUGCUGGGACGUAACACGUUCCUGAUCCACGGAGAACGUCUUAAAGACAAGCAGGUGAUUCUUGAGUGCUUCUUAAAGAAAGAUCUAGUCUACACGAAGGCCACGCCCACUUUCCACCACUGGAAGGUGGACAACAAGAAGUGUGGCCUGACUUUCCAGAGCCCGGCCGAUGCCCGCGCCUUUGAUCGCGGCGUGAGGAAGGCCUUGGAGGACCUAACCGAAGGGUCGACCACGUCCUCGUCCACGCUGCAGAACGAGGCCGAGCUCGGCGACGAUGACGUCUUCACGACUGCCACCGACAGCUCGUCCAACUCGUCCCAGAAGAGAGAGCCAGUGAUGCGCACGCUCACCCCGCCCACCUUCUGUGAACCCCGCCGGCACCACUGCAUCCUGGGACAUUUGUAUGAGCAGCAUCGGCCCACUGAGCACUACUUCCUGGACCAGGUGAGUACGGCGGUGCAUAUGUUUCCUCGUCACGUCAGCUUCCAGUUGGAGGACGAGGAGGUCGUACGCAUCAACCCCCGCGAGCGGACCUGGCUCACCGGCUACGAGGACUACCGCCACGCCAACUCCUCACGCGACAAACUCGCCCAGCUCCACAACCCGGACACUUGCGUGCACUUUACCAAGAGCGAGCCGGCCAAACGCGACUACGCCUACCCGUAUCCUCUGAGCUGCGACAGAAAACCCAGCUGCCUGGAGAUGGGCGGCGGCCACAGGGCGGUGCUGACGGUGCAGCCGCGAGCCCCGGAGCUCAAAGGCAAACUGCGGAAGGAGGACGCAGAGCGCUCGCGCUGCGUUUACUGUCAGGACAUGUUCGAUCAAGAGGACAACGGGCGGGGCCGCUGCCACGAGGCGCCCGACCCCAUUCAGACGUGCAUCCGGCGCGUGACCUUCAUGUGGUGCGCGGACAGCCUUCUGUACCACUGCAUGUCCGAUCCAGAGGGGGAUUACUCAGACCCGUGCUCCUGCGACACCACCGACGAGCGUUUCUGCCUGCGCUGGACGGCGCUGGUGGGCCUGUCGCUGCUGGCUCCCUGCAUGUGCUGCUACGCCCCCCUCAGGGCGUGCUACCGCUGCGGCGUGGCCUGCCGCUGCUGCGGCGGGAAACACAAAGCUGUGGGCUAAGGCGUUGCAGGCCCCGCCCCUUCCACAGUGACAGCUAGGACUCGCAGCAGGAAGCGGGGCGUUGGAGGUCCCUGUGAUUUCUACGUUGUUGUCGUUUUGUCGUCGUUGUCGGUCUUCAUAACUCCAGCUGCAUCUUGACGUGCAGAAGCUUCUGUAUGAGUCUUACAUGAUCAGUACGUUUACGCAGACGUUAUAUUUUUACACUCAUGUGUCCAAGCGGCCGGACGCGUGGGUGUGUCUGUAUGAAUGUUGCUUUAGCGCCACCCACACGCUGCACCACCCGUCACAAAGUCAGCGGCUUCACUCGCUGCUGUUAGCCGAAAAAAGCUUUUUUCUGUUCGCCACCAGAAAAAUCACGUGAAUCAGCGAAUCAGCGAACACGGUGCUCCUGAUGCUGAGCUGACCAAACCCUAACUCAAAGCUAAGGGGUCAGAGGUCGAGCCCCUGUUCUCUGAGGGUCAUACCGUUAACACAAACCAAAGAGAGACCAACAAAAGUCUACAGCUGCCGUGUUACUAAGCCUCGUGAGGUUUCAGCUUCGUGACGACGCACUCACUACAAAACGUGCACGCGUCAUAUCCUCGCCGUCCGUCUGUGAUUGCGUGAAAGCCGCUCGUUGAGCUCUCAAACUCCAACGAAGAGCGUUCAUGUUGAGUCGAGAGCGCAUUUGUUCUCGCCGCUCGUCACGUUUCGAGCUGCAAUGGCGCUGGACAUCGGCUCGCUCGCCUUUCACUUCAAAGAAAACGUCAUUAGUCCAUUUCCUGGACUACGCAGCGUCCACCUUCGCUUUCUUGACGGCUGCCACGACUCUUCAUCAUCUGCGGCGAUCCUGUGAUGGCGUACGUCACCUGAUUUUGACUCAGACAUACGCAGCCGUGUAUGUUCGAUUUAUUCGUGCGUAUGUAAAAUACAAACAUUUCAUUGCUUUGGUCUCGCCAGCCGUACACGACCCGGAGGCCGAGGUUGCCCAACCCUGCUCUAGUGUAUUUCCUAGUCCACAGCCAGCCAAUCAGCACUGUUCUUCACUCUCAUUGGUUGUUACCGAAGCUGCUUCAAAUGGUAAAUGGCCUGUAUUUGUAUAGCGCUUUUACUAGUCCCCUCUAGGGACCCCAAAGCGCUUUACACACC